AUGGAUUCUUACUCUUUUGUCAUCAGUGCACAGGAAGCCGAGGCUGCGCUCCUUGGACAGGCCAAGUGUUCUCGUGCUGAGCUGGAGAGACUGCAGGUCAGUGUAGAGGGCACUGAGGAGCCCGGCAUCGCUGAGGAGUCCAACAGUGAGGUCAUCAAGCUGAAACAAGAGAUUCUUCAAGUGUACAGUGACGUCAAAGCAGCGGAGGACAGAGAUUACCGCACACAAUGUGAUCUGCAGUGGCUCCUGGAGGAGAGGCGGAGUUUGCAGCGAGAGAUCCAGCUCCAGACCAAACCUGGUGAGAUAGAAGAGCGUAGCAAAGCCCUUCAGGAUAAAACUGACAAUCUGAGAAAAGAGCUCGCUGAAAGACAACUUGAAAUCAGAAGUCUGAUGGAGGAUGUGUCUAACCAUGAAAUGCAGAUAGCGAAAGAACAGAAAGAGCUGGAGGACACAAAGGAGAUCUUAGAGCUCAUAGAGGCUGAGAAAGCACAACUCAUCAACGUACCUGACCAGAUUUUUAAGGAGAUGGAAAGAAAACAUGCCAAAAAGGAAGCCGCACUGCAGAAGAUGGAGUCCCUAAAUGCAGAAAUAUCCAUAAUGGGGCAGCAAGUGAAAGAGGUGGACGAGCACAACUCCUCUCUUUUGAUGGAGAAGAAGAAGGUAAUGAAAGAAUUGGAGAUUGUUCGGGGCCAAGUAGAAGCCAGUCAAAGGAAGUACAGACAGAAGCUGAAAGAGCAAGAGCUCCUGAAGGAGGAGCAGAUGGAGCUCACUGGGAAAAGAGGUAUCUUGGAAAUGAAGUUCCAGAACAUCAUGGCUGACAGAAAACAACUGUACAAAUGCCAAGCUGCUCAGCAAAAAGAAAUACAUAGGCAGAUGCAAUACCUCAAGAGAACGGAGCAUGGACUGGCCAUAGCUACUGAGCAGCUCAAGCACACGCAAUCAAUCUACAAUGAGCUAAAGGCACAGUUGGACGCGGUGCCAAAGAGAGAGGCUUGUAUUCAACAGCGGAUGGAUCUUCAGACAGAAGUGGAUGCUCUGAAAGUCAGCUUUGAAAAACAGCAAUUAACCAGUGCGGAGGAGAGCCACAAGAGGCAGCAGUAUGCGGUGGUAGAAGACUUGGUGCAGGAAUCAAACAGCCUGAGAGAGGAACUGCACAACCUAAGAUGUCUGACCCAGAUUAAAGCCGAGGAGAGGGGCCAGAAGCACAGAGAGAUGCUCCGAGCCGAGCACAUGAAACACCACAUGGACCAGGAACUGAAAGAGAAAGAGCUUAUCAUCAUGGACCACAACAAGCUCAACACUAUGCUACAGCGCAGAAUUUCACAGUACAGAAAAUUGUGUGAUACGAUCAUGGAGGAGCGAAAUAAGUACAUCAGACUGAAGCAGGCGACUUCACAAACAAUCACAGAGCUGAAGGAGCAGUUUAAAGUCCUGGAAAAUGAGACAGAGAUUCAACGCACAAUCGUCAUCAGCAAAGACAGGUUGGUCACAAAAGCACGCAUGAAGAUUUCCCAUAGCUCCAAAGUGAGAGACAAGUUAUGCAAUGACAUCUCCAAGAUUGCCUGGAAGCUUCAGCAAAUCAAUCACGAGUUUGACAACAACAAACUGGAACUGGUGAAACUCACACAAUCGAUCAACCUCCAGGAAAAAGCAUUUCUAGAGCUCAGCAAGAGCCAUGAAUCGGCUGUUCAGCGCCGCGAUUCACUGGGCAUCGAGCUGCUGGAGCAUGACGAGGUGCUUCUGGGCUACUAUGAAAAGGUUAAUGUACAAGAGGCAGACAUUAACAAAGGGAACAUGGCCAUAGAAGCAGUGGAGAAGGAGAGGAUGGACUUGGAGUUGCAGAUUAAAGAGGAGAAGCGUUUAGUGGAGCUGAGACUGAAGGAGGUGCCUCUCAGAAAACAGCUGGAGGAGGAGAUUACCAUGCUACAAAUACAGUUGUCCGAAGCUCGAGACAAGACUCUGCAAGGCCUGGAUCGAACUGUGGAUUACAAAGAGCUCAGAGGCAAAGACCCCACUGCAGCUGAACUGGUGAAGAAGAUGGAGCAGCUGGAGGUGAGGCUAGCCGAGCGUGAGAGACAGUUCCUGGAAAAAGGACUCCUCGUGGAGCAAGUGAGCCGCCUUAUAACGCCCCUGAGAGCGCGCAUGGACAACUGCCGAGAGGACGGACUCACACUGGCUAAGAAGUUGAAUGAGAUACGAGCUAACAUCCUCAACGUUACUCGCAAACUGAUGGCGACCUCGGCUCUCCUGGCCAUGAGGCAGGCUCUGGUCCUCAGUCUGCAGCAGGAGAUCAAAGACAAAGAGCUGCAGAUGGACAGGUGCCAGAGGCGGCUGGAGCAGGACCUACCCCUCUGCCCUGAGAUGGAGGAGGAGUGGAAGAGGAUGCUACGGGACAAGAAGAGGAGGCAGAGGGACAGAGAGGAGAGAGAGAGGUUGGCCCAAGAGAAUGAGUGGAAGGAGUUACCCAAUGGAACAUUCACCACCGCCCCUCGCCGCCCAGAUGCCUACAUCCCGGAGGGGUCCGAGCUGCCUGUGCCCAGACCCUACGGUGCCCUGCCCCCCUUCAAACCCACGCCCUCCGGAGCCAGCAUGAGGCACAUCCGCAAACCGGCCCCCAAACCUCUGGAGAUAUAAUAAAGAACAUGUACACAAGUAACAGGUGUGAGAAGCAAAGACAUGUUUGAGUAAAGUUCACUGCAUGUACUUUUGUCUUUCUCCAAUAUCAGAAUGAGAAUCUGAAUUGUAUUAUUUAUUCCAGUAUAAAAAAUACACAGAAAUGACACACUGUACUUAGGUCCAAUU